UAUAGUUUUGGUUGGUUGUCAUCGACCCUCGUGUGCAAAAAUUGCUCUCGCUCGGCUGGUUCGCGAUUAUCUCGCGAUUUACCUGUUCCUCGAGUAGAACCACGCGCUUGUUAUUUUUUCGAUUCUCAAUCUACUACCCCGUGCGGUGCUGCAAAAUCUACACAGUAGUGUGGCGAAUAGCUAAAAUAAAAUCUGUUAUUCAGCUGCUUCGUAGUUCCGAGAAUAGGAGGAAGUGGUUCAGUCUGCAACUAGCUCGCUUUCCGCGGCGACGUGACUCUGGGCGAGCUGCCUUGGAACCGCUGAAUUGGUCGAAAAAAAAAACGUGCGUGAAAUAUUGGUGGUCGUGUUGUUGAAAAUAUCCCACCUUCCCCCCUUUUUCCCGCAGUCGGGUCGAGUCGCGAGUGUACUCAUGUGGUGAUCCUUCCGCUGAAGGUUGUGCGUUGUAGUGAUUCAUCAGGUUAACUGGGACUUGAGACAGCUGGCUGUCCUGCAAACUUCCGCUUGAAGCUGGCUUUGGCUUUCUCAAAAAGGCCUGCAAGCAUUUUUGAUUUCGGGUUGAUUCGGCGAGAAGGGUAAAUUCAAUUUCCGGCCAAAUAGCGCCUGAUUGCUGUGUUAGCGGUGUGCUUUCAUUUCCGUGACCUUUCCGGUGCUGUCAGCGAGGUGGAAAAUCAAAUUUUCUCUGUAAACCAGCUGUGCUGUAGGGACUUUUCAGUUUCCAUCGGAGUGGUAAAAUCGGAAGAAAUUGGACAAAAGCUUGACUUAUCAUGUCGCAAGCAACGCCACAAGUCAAUGGGGAGAACCAUAAUGGUAACUUUCAUCCUCCGGCUGGAAACCAUGAGGAAAUGCACCAGCGCUGUCUGAAUCCGUACCGCUCGAAGGUGACCGUGGUGCUGGGAGCUCAAUGGGGCGACGAAGGCAAGGGCAAGGUGGUCGACAUGUUGGCUACAGAGGCGGACAUCGUCUGCCGGUGUCAGGGAGGCAACAAUGCCGGUCAUACGGUCGUGGUCAAUGGCAAGGAUUUCGAUUUCCAUCUGCUGCCCAGUGGGAUCAUCAACGAAAACUGUAAAUCCAUUAUCGGAAAUGGAGUUGUCAUUCAUCUGCCGGGGCUGUUUGAGGAACUGGCCAAAAACGAAGCCAAGGGAUUGACCGAUUGGGAGAAGCGGUUGAUCAUAUCCAAUCGCGCACAUUUGGUGUUCGAUCUGCACCAACAGGUAGAUGGCUUGCAGGAAGCCGAGAAGGGAGGCAAAUCGCUGGGCACCACAAAGAAGGGUAUUGGACCAUGUUACUCUAGCAAGGCUACUCGCAACGGUAUUCGCGUGUCUGAUCUCCUGGGAGACUUCAAAGUCUUCAGCGAAAAAUUCGAGUCUAUGGUUAACAUGUACAAAAGACUGUAUCCGACUACCUUUGAGGUCGACGUUGAAGCUGAGCUUAAAAGAUAUGGCGAGUACGCGGAGAGGCUGCGACCCCUUGUGCAUGAUACCAUAUCCUUCUUGCACACGUCGCUCAAGGAAGGCCGAAGCGUUCUGGUCGAGGGUGCGAAUGCCGCUAUGCUGGACAUAGAUUUUGGUACUUACCCGUACGUAACCAGCAGCAAUUGUAGUAUUGGAGGAGUGCUCACUGGUCUUGGACUUCCACCGCAGACAAUUGGUGAAGUUAUUGGGGUCGUGAAAGCGUACACGACCCGCGUCGGCGAUGGUCCAUUCCCUACCGAGUUGCAUGAUGAAAUUGGUUCCUUUUUGCAAAAACGAGGCGGUGAGAUUGGCGUUACUACGAAAAGAGUGCGCAGAUGUGGCUGGCUGGAUUUGGCCUUGCUGCGAUAUACCGGAAUGGUUAACGGCUACACUUCACUUUGCUUAACAAAACUCGACAUUCUCGAUACACUCAAGGAAAUUAAAGUAGCUGUUAGCUACAACCUGAACGGCGAACGGAUCAACUACUUCCCGGGUUCGAUCACCGAGUUGGGCCAGGUCGAGGUGAACUACAUUACCAUGCCCGGCUGGCUCAAGUCCACCGAGAACGUGCGGGACUUCAAUGAACUGCCACCGGAAGCGCAGGACUACAUCCGGCUGAUCGAAAACGACCUGGGCGUGCCGGUAAGGUGGAUCGGUGUUGGCAAGGGCCGUGAAUCGAUUAUCAAUGUUAAGGAUUAAUUAGCCGAAGAAGUUCGCAACGGUUGGUGCGUUUGCUUUCUUCCUACAUCGCGAAAGAUUGCAGGAUAAUACGCGGCAGUGUCGAAAUUAUUGGAAAUGUGAGCAACAUAAGGGAAACUUCAAUUUGUACGAACAUAAGCGUUUCAAAUUUUAAUGAAUUCAUUUUCGCCGAAUUGAGAUGGGGAUAGUAAUAGACUACUAUUCCCAUUAAUAAACAUAAUUUCGUUUCGUUUUUCUGGUUUCUGAGUACAAUUUUGUGAAACUACUUAUAUUACAUUCGCUCUGGUAACGUAAAUGAUAGGACUACAAAAAAUAAAUUUUGUUUGUGUUUCCUAACAAUAAAUCUCGAAUACCGAGUGUUUGAACUUUUGUAAAAAUAAUGGAACAAUUUUAAACUAAAAUAACAAAAUUAUGUUUACCGGUCGUCUAAAAUAUAUCAAUGUGAAUUGUUGUUUACAAAAAAAAGUGAAAUUUCGCUAUCAAACGAGCAUCCUAAAUCGUUUAAACUACUAAAUUCAACGUUAACUAUGUGGCUUCAGUGCCAAAUAAAGCAAAUACUUAACCGAGAUGAAACUAUGAGAAAGAUAAAACACCACAUUCAGUACGAUUUAUCGCACAAAUAAACGAAGAAUAGCCUAACAUGAAGGGUUAACACAUCAAACUAUGCCCACGCAAUUAAGGAACUAUAACUGAAUAAAAAUACAACGUAGUUAGAUUUUACAUAAAAAGAAUUCUUUUAGUAGUAGCUACUACUACAUCAGCUUAUUAACAGCACGUUUUAUGAUUGCACUAUACUAUGCAGAAUCGAAUGAUUUUGAGUACACCCAUUAGAUUGUAACCUUUUCCACAAUCCCCUAGCUGAUAGGUAAGAGACAAACAUUGUUAGUAUGUUAAACCCGAUUUUGGUCUUUGAACUUUGAACGCAAGUAAAUUUAAGGCAGAUGUGUUAUUAUAGAUAAGUGGCAUUUUUGCUGGUCGCCAUUACAUGGCGAAACUGAUCACACGUUUUUCACUACUAUAAAUAUUAAAUUGUAUAAACGCUGCAAGCACUUUCAAUGAUUUUUUUUUUAUUACAAACAACAUUUAAGUUUAAGCUAAAAGGCAAAGUGUUGAGUAAAGUGCCCCAAUAUUGUGUACGGGGAUAAUAAAACUCGAUAAAUCUUACGCGCAUUAGGCUUCGAUUGAUCAUUGGAAUGCCAGAAGGUCAUAUGCAUAAUUUAAGUCCGAUCGCAAAACGGGAAGGGGUCGCAAAACGAACGCCUGAAAUUCGUAUGGAAUUUUGAAACAUUUUUUUCGGGAGAGACAUGAUAAACUGGUUCUAUGUGAAAUAACUAUAAUUUGUGUCAUAAUGUGUCAUAAUUUAAGCCUUAAAAAAACCCAUAUUCAAAAGAAACCGGCUGGUCCUAAACAAAAUGCCAUAAGUCUCAAUUUAACUUCAGACUCUGUCUGUUCGGACUCAAUUUGGCAUGUGAGCUUCCGGUAUGCCAAGAACCAGUUAUAGCCUGAGUUUGGGUCACCUUAGUGUUGAGUUUAUGUUAAGGCGUAUUGUAAUAUAAAUAAAAUAACUAUUUCUCAGAA